UGGGGGCGGGAGCCCGCGCUCAGGUCCCUCCGGAGUGGAGCGGGUUCUCCGUUGCUCGCUGGGCAGACCCAGGUCGCAUUCCUGCUGCGGAGCCGGCGAGAUGCUUUCCAGAGCUGCCUGGAACUUGAUGCUGAGGAAAGGUGAACGUGGAAGACGAGAGAUGCACAGCCCAGAAGCCCCCGCCCGUGGUGAGGGGAAGAUGCCCCCCUAUGCCAACUGGUAUGCCCAGCGCUCCUACCCCAUGCCAGAAGAGCCCUUCUGCACAGAGCUCAAUGCCGAGCAGCAGGCCCUGAAGGAGAAGGAGAAGGGAAGCUGGACCCAGCUGAGCCAUGCCGAAAAGGUGGCCCUGUACCGGCUCCAGUACCAUCAGACCUUUGCGGAGAUUAACCGUCGCUCCAAUGAAUGGAAGACAGUGAUGGGCUGUGUCUUCUUCUUCUGUGGAUUCGCAGCUCUGCUGAUUUGGUGGCAGCGGGUCUACGUAUAUCCUCCAAAGCCCAUCACCUUGACGGACGAGUGGAAGGCCCAGCAGCUGCAGCGCAUGCUGGACUUGAAGGUCAAUCCUGUGCACGGCCUGGCCUCCCACUGGGACUAUGAGAAGAAGGAGUGGAAGAAGUGACUUGCAUCCCCAGCUGUCUCCCAGUGGCUCCACCCUGGCUGGGAGCCUCUGGUGGCCCCUCCUCUCCCCUCCCUUGCCCUUAACCCAAUAAAGCUGGUUUGUUCUCUUCUG